GGAAUACUAGGACUUCCCAGCAGGGUUAUGGACAUAGACUUACCCGUGGAAUUAUCUCCCACACGGUCAAGAUCACAGAGUCAGGACGACCCCGCUUUCAGACCUCCGACAAAUACUGCCCCCCCAAAACCACUAGGGAAUCGUCGACGGGCAGCCUGCCAAACUUGCAGGAGGAGAAAGGUCCGCUGUGAUAAUGCUAGGCCAACGUGUGGUUUCUGCCAAGGAAAUGGCAUGACUUGUGUGUAUAUUGAACGUGGAGAACUGACCAAGGAGGACCGGGAUUUGGGGAAAGUGAUUGAGCGACUUGAUAAUUUGUCACAUGCUGUUGAAAAUAUACAGUCAUUUCUUUUCUCAAAUGGUACCCCAACGUCGAGUGCGCCGUCCGCACCGCAGCUAAAGGGGAAAGAGUUCGACGUUUCAGAAGAAGACGCAGAGCCGUACAAGGACUACCUGCAAGUUCCAUCCAGUCGCGGUAGUGCGGACACGGUUCUCACAUGGCCCAUUUUUCACGGACGAUUUCGUGAAAAUGCACUCAUCACCACAGUAUUUCAGUCUCCUCACGGGGCGGAGAGUUCCGCCAUAGAGACAUGGGUUGUUCCAGACGGGUUCCAACCAACCAACGAGGAACGCAUUCCAGCAUUGGUUGACCAAUUCAUCCAAAAUGUGCACACGAAAAAUCCUAUAUUAGAUCUGGAAGCCCUAAUCCGUUGGGGCCGCCACGCUGCGGAGUUUGGACUUCAAUGGGAUGCCCAGUCCUGUCUUGUCCUGUUAGCUUGUGCAUUAGGCUGUAUCUCAAAACCUUUCACCCAUUCCAUGAAAGCGCCAUUGCAGGAAGAACGUGCCUCUGACCGAACAUCUUCAUUAGCUUCAGGCUUGAAAGAGGGGGAAACAUUCUUCGUGAUGGCUUGCCGGAGGGUUGGCCUUCUUCGUUACUCUGUGCUAGGUGCUCAAUGCCACUUCUUUGCUGGGGUUUAUCUUAUGUAUACAUUUCGCCCGCUAGCAGCUUGGAAUCACUUCUACCAAGCAUCAACAUAUUACCGACUGCGUCUGAGAAUGAUCGAUGGGUUGAACAUGGACGAUGAUGCUUCCACCGAUGAAGUUAUCCAGUGUGAGACCCCAGUGCUGCGACACAUGGAACAGAGCUUAUAUUGGUCAUGCUUUAAAUCUGAAGUCGAGAUACGAGUUGAGCUCCCAUUGCCACAGUCUGCGAUUGCCGAGUAUGAAUACCCGGCAUUAUUUCCGACCCCUCCUAAUCUGUCGGAUGACUAUCCGGAAGGUGGAUACAAUGGGACUGGAUGGUCAACAUCCUGGAAUCCCUCCAGACCAGCAAGCAGCAGCCAUGGCAAUCGAGCCCCGACACCAUUCGGCGUACGAAACCACAUAAUGCAGUUGUUCGACGAAGAACAAAGCUGGUACUACUACCUUACCGAAGUGGCGCUUCGACGUAUUGGAAACCGUGUUCUUAAUGCUUUUUACCGAAGGGGACAGUCCAUGUGGUCGGACAUCAAGCCUUUCAUUCCUCUGGCAUUAGAGUUCGAAACUCAGAUAAAUGCAUGGUCCGCCAACCUCCCUCCUGGAUUGCGACAUUACGAGAACAGCGCAAGUCCUGGUCACGCUAUGAAUAGCUUCCCCGAAGCACAAGACUCCAUAUCGCUGGAACUGAGUUGGGCGAUCGCGAAUCGAUUGCUGGAGAUUCGCCUCUGGCUGUACCAACCCUUUUUAUUUUUUAUCAUUCAUUAUCCACUCAGCACUGGACCGGAGGCGCAAGAAGCUCAAAACUCUUCGUUUACUAGCGAGGAGCUAGCAACUAUUUCCACUCUUGUCCAGUCAGGGAUGAACUGCGCCUUGAAGAUCUUAGAAGCAAGAUGCCUUCGCCACCGUCAUCAUGGCAUCUGGUUCGAUUUGCGCGCGCUGGUGACUAGCUCUCUUAUAGUGAUCGCUGCAGUGAAGAGUGGCAACCUUGAAGUACCCGGAAUUGACCGUCGGAUACAUCUAAAGAGCCAUUUUGAUAGUAUACUGGAAGCUCUCAGCUAUUGGGAAGAUGAAGCUCCGGAUAUUAAGAAGGCCCGCCGUACCCUGGAGGGCUUGCUUACAGAAGUGAGCUAAUCAUCAUCACUAUCACUAUAAUGGCAACCAAGUGGCUAGCUAAUUCGUCCGCCUUAAUGCGUCUUUCUAGUGUCCUAUAACUCCAUGAA